ACGGGGUUUCACCGUGGUCUCGAUCUCCUGACCUCGUGAUCCGCCCGCCUCGGCCUCCCAAAGUGCUGGGAUUACAAGCGUGAGCCACCGCGCCCGGCCUAAGAGUUUUAUCUUUACAGCUCUCACAGAAAACAAAUAAUACUUCAAUGCAAUAUUUCAAAAAUCAAAACUAAUGCAAAAAGCCAUGAUGAACAAAAUAUCAACAUUUUAAAUAAAGGCCAGAUCUGCCCCUGUACUUGGUCUACGCCCUUGAUUCGUGCACCCUGGGGCGGGGGCAGAUUAAACUAGGGGAGCCCAUUGGACUGAGGCUGGUGUGUGGCUGAUGGCAGAGUUCGGGCCGGGCCGGACCGGGCCAGUCCAGAGGGAGAAGCUGCUACUGCAGGAGACAGAACGAUUUUUCCGCUGCAAAUCCUUGAGAAGGGAGGAUGGGAGGCGGCGGGACAACCCAGUGAAGCCGGCCCCGAACGCCAAGUGAGUGUGUGCCAUGCGCACGCGGGUAGCUGCCGACCGCAACGACAUAAACUUGAAAGUGACCGCUGUCCCGGGGCUCCCUGCUCCCAAGGGACCCUGACAGCAGUCGCCUCCCCGGAAGGGUCCCCAGCAGGAAGAAGCCCCUGGCGAGGGGAGGGGAUUGGACCGCGGUGAGCGCAUCCCCAGGCCGGCGCCCCCGCCCUCUUGCCCCAGGCUCCAGUCCUUUGGGGGCAGGUGAGUGCACGGGGGGCUUACACCAACGCGCCCCUCCUGCCUGGCCCGGAUUCCCGCAGCCCAGUGGCAGGGGAGCCCGCGGACCCGUCGCGUUGCAGAGUAGUCCGGUCGAGCCUCCCGGGCGGGCCCGGAUCCUGGACCAGGGCCCGUCUGUCCGAAACCCACCAGUGAGCUAGCGGGAGAGCGCGGCCGCCCCGCCCCGCCCCUUUCCGCGCCCGCCCCGCCCCCUCCCCGGAAGGCCCGGGUGCUCAGAGCUCCCCGUGGACUCAGACCCGGCGCAAUAUGGCCGCACCCUCGCCUCUGCGCGACUGCCAGGCCUGGAAGGAUGCGAGGCUUCCGCUCUCCACCACAAGCAACGAAGCCUGCAAGCUGUUUGACGCCACGCUGACCCAGUAUGUAAAAUGGACCAAUGACAAGAGUCUUGGUGGCAUCGAGGGCUGCCUGUCAAAGCUCAAAGCAGCAGAUCCGACCUUCGCGAUGGGCCACGCCAUCUCUACUGGCCUUGUGCUGAUUGGCACUGGAAGCUCCGUGAAGCUGGACAAAGAGCUGGACCUAGCGGUGAAGACAAUGGUGGAGGUUUCAAGAACCCAGCCCCUGACAAGGCGGGAGCAGCUGCACGUGUCUGCAGUGGAGACAUUUGCCAAGGGGAACUUUCCGAAAGCCUGUGAACUAUGGGAGCAGAUUCUCCAGGACCACCCGACAGACAUGUUGGCCCUGAAAUUUUCCCAUGAUGCUUAUUUUUACCUGGGCUAUCAGGAACAGAUGCGAGAUUCUGUUGCUCGAAUUUACCCCUUCUGGACACCUGACAUCCCCCUAAGCAGCUAUGUGAAAGGCAUCUACUCUUUUGGCUUGAUGGAAACCAACUUCUACGACCAGGCAGAAAAACUCGCCAAAGAGGCCUUAUCUAUUAAUCCGACAGAUGCAUGGUCGGUGCACACCAUCGCUCACAUCCACGAGAUGAAAGCAGAGAUCAAGGAUGGGUUGGAAUUCAUGCAGCACUCAGAGACCCUCUGGAAGGACUCUGAUAUGUUGGCUUGUCAUAACUAUUGGCACUGGGCUUUAUAUCUGAUUGAGAAGGGCGAAUAUGAGGCCGCACUGACCAUCUACGAUACCCACAUCCUUCCCAGCCUGCAGGCCAGCGGUGCAAUGCUGGACGUGGUGGACAGCUGCUCCAUGCUCUACCGCCUGCAGAUGGAAGGGGUGUCUGUGGGCCAGCGGUGGCAGGAUGUCCUGCCUGUGACCCGGAAGCACAGCCGAGACCACAUCCUGCUGUUCAAUGACGCACACUUCCUGAUGGCAUCCCUGAGUGCACACGACCCCCAGACCACACAGGAGCUGCUGACCACCCUGCGGGACGCCAGCGAAUCCCCAGGGGAGAACUGCCAGCACCUCCUGGCCCGAGAUGUGGGGCUGCCCCUGUGCCAGGCCCUGGUGGAGGCUGAGGACGGGAACCCUGACCGCGUCCUGGAGCUGCUUCUGCCCAUCCGCUACCGGAUCGUCCAGCUCGGUGGGAGCAAUGCCCAGAGAGACGUCUUCAACCAGCUGCUGAUUCACGCGGCCUUAAACUGCACCUCCAGCGUCCAUAAGAAUGUGGCCCGGAGCCUUCUGAUGGAGCGUGAUGCCUUGAAGCCCAAGUCGCCCCUGACCCAGCGGCUCAUCCGCAAGGCAGCUACCGUCCACCUCAUGCAGUGAGCCAGCCUGGCCGCCUCCACCCUGCAGAACCUCAUUGGUGGCCUCGCUGCGUCCAGUCAGCUGCUCCACUGGGUUAGGGUCAGGAGAUGGCCGGAGCCUGUUUGUUAGGGCUGUUAGAGGGUGAUCUUCAGUUUUACAGGAAGUGGGUCACGGGUUAAUUUUAAAUGUGAUUCCGAAUCUCCAUUCAGUCCUCGAGAAGGGCCAAUGAGCAUUUUUCAGCAGUCACAGCCAGUGUGAGUGCUGCUCUUUCCAUCUGCCUUGCAAAUUCUGUUUCCCAGGGGAAUGUGUCUACUGCCUGGUGGUUCAAGGGUUGGAAGGUAGGGCAGAGGUGGGGGCUGAUUCUGCUGGGACGGGUCUUCCAGAGGCAGCCUCCCCCUGCCGUCCGUCCCCAUCCCCACCAGGCUGCCCUUGGGAUGGACCUUUUCAUUCUUUUCUUUAUAUUCUAGACAGGCUCUGUUGUCUCAUUGUGUUGCUGUCCCAUUUUUCAGGUGAGGGUACCAGGGGUAGGGGAGUGGCCUGCCCAGGGUCACACUAGGAGAGGCCCCCACCUACCUGCUGCCUUUGGACUCAGCCCCCUGCUGCUGCAUCCACCACCCUCCUUACAGAUCAGCGCGCACAUGGGGUCCUCCUGCUGUCUCUGGGGCGAGACUUGGAGCCCCCUGGGGGGCUCUGUUGGUGCUGAUUUGGACCCGUUUCUCUUUUUAAAAUGCACAUCAUAACAGGGCUUCAUGUCGAGCAUGAUUUUAAUCAUGAAUGCACUUCUGAGGUGCAAGGAUUGAGCUCAGAGCUGCUCUGUUGUGGCAAAACCCAAAGUGCUGUGAUGUGUGGCUGUCACAAGCCUGGAGCGGGUCCUGUGAGUGCUGCCUCUGUCUCAUGCUUCCCCACUGAGCGCCUCCUGAAUGUGCCGCUGACUCAGCUGUGCUGCUUUCAGCCUUCCUGUGAGGGGCGGUCCCAGUGCACAGAUGUUUUUCAAGUUCGUCAGUUUGUACUGAAAUUAGGGAUUCAUCGGGGCAGGAAGCAGGCAGGCCUCUUAGAAGGGAGAGGAGGCCUCCAAAUCUAUUGAGUCCCCACAGUUUGCUCAAGCCCAGGCAAAUUCCUGUGAUUAAAAUGAAGUAAUCAGUUCUUCCAA